UCUUAAAUCUAGCUUAAUGGCUGCCGUAUAGUUUUGGCGUCUCAACUUUGUUCGUCUUUUAUUCAUUAAUGACCAAACAUAUUGAGAUAAACACUUGACAAGACAGUUAGCUCGUUUAUUGUCAAGCUGUUGCUGUUAGAGUUUACAAAAGCAGAAAUUAACUGCUAAGUAAUCUCAAAAAUGUCAAAACGACCUUCGGAAGAGUCACAGACUGGAGCCAGCUCAGGUCCUCAAUGUAAAAAGGUUCAGUUUGAACCUAUUAGGCUUGGUGCAAUUUCUUCAUUGGAGGAAAUGGACAUGAAAGUUCUUCAGUUUCAGAACAAAAAACUCUCACAGCGUUUGGAACUGAGGCAAAGAACCGAAGCAGAGUUGAGACAAAGGAUUGAGCAGCUGGAGAAGCGCCAGAUGCAAGAUGAUGCUGUGCUUAAUGUCAUUAACCGUUAUUGGAAUCAACUGAAUGAAGAUGUCAGAAUUCUUUUACAAAGAUUUGAUGCUGAAACUGCUGAUGAAAAUGAAAGCAAAAAUGAAAGUGAAGCGACAACAUCUUUUCUUGCAUUGCUUUCCACCUGGGACAAGGAUGAACUCGACGAAAAACUUGCCAAUCGAGUUUUAGUAUCGCAACGGGCUGUUGCAAAGCUAAUUAGGGCUUUUGACAGACUGCUGCAAAGAAACGAAAAAGUUACACAAGCUCUAAAAGGAGAAUCUGAUAAUGGUGAAGUUGCCAAUCUAGAAGAAGCCAUCAAGCAGGUUAAUACCGAAAUUCAAGCCGAAAACAGCAAUCUCCAUGUACUGAAUACUUCACUUCAUGAAAAAAACCAUGCCAUUUCUCUGAAGUUGAAAGAGAUGCAAGAGCAACUCACAGCGAAAGAAACCGAAGCGGCGGAGCUGCAAAACAGAGUAGAUGAUUUGGAUUACGAACUGCAAAAACGAAGACAACGAGCCGACUCGUUGGAAAAUCACUUGGCAGAAGCGUUGGAAAAGAUUAAAGUUCUUCAGCAACAACCUGGUGUUCAAGUGGAAGCUGAAAAAUCUUCCGGUAGCAAAGUGGUCUCGGUGUCCCAGAAAAAGAUGGAAGAUCAACAUAAAGAAUUGGAAGAACAGAGAGAAAUGGCCACAAAUCGUUUAGCUGAACUCGAUCGUCUUCAUCAGAAUCACAGAGACGUAUUACAGCAACUAGAACACCUCAAGAUGGAUAUUCGCCAGUUGCCUGAGUCCGUCGUUGUAGAGACCACCGAAUACAAGUGCCUGCAGUCGCAGUUUUCAGUGCUCUAUAAUGAUUCCAUGGGCCUCAAAACGCAGUUGGACGAGGCUCGUCAGCAGUGGCACACAGCGAAAAAUGCUCAUCUUCGUCAAAUCGAAUUGAUGGAGAGUGACGAGUUAUUGAGGCAGAAGCAGUUGCGAACGGAAGUCAUUCAACUAGAGGACAUGCUGGCCCAGGUGCGCAAGGAAUACGAGAUGUUACGCAUCGAGUUUGAACAACAAUUGGCGGCCAAUGAGCAAACGGGACCCAUUAACCGCGAAAUGCGUCAUCUCAUCACAUCUUUGCAAAACCACAACCAACAGCUGAAAGGCGAAGUUCACCGGUACAGGAGAAGGAAAUAUAGAGAAACGAGCGGAGAACUAGCCAAAACUAAACGAGAAUUAGAAGAAACCCAGGCCAAGGUUCAAGCACUUCAAGAAAUUCGCGAUGCCCGUGACGCCGACGCUGCCGCGCAACGAGAAGCAGCCGAAAACGCUGAUGCCUCAGAUUCCAUGGGUCUACCUGGCGAUGUGAUUGACCCAAGUCUCGUCAAAGAUGACCCGGAAAUCAAAAGAGAACCAGAUGAUGACUCUGCCGCAGACGAUAUAAAAGAUGACAUUGGUGACAUUAAAAAGGAAAAAUGUGACAUUAAAAAAGAUUUGUCCGACACCAAACCAGAUCCAGCUGUUUUGGCUGCAGCUGCGGCCAAGAUCAAAGAACAGAAAAAUGCCGAAGCUGAAGUCGUUCGCGAUCUUAAAGCCCAGCUUAAAAAAGCGCACAUUGAUCAAAGGGAAAUGAAGCUUCUUCUUGAUAUGUAUAAAGGUGUUGGUAAAGAGACUCGAGAUAAAACACAGCUGAUGGCGGCCGAGCGAAAAGCUCGUCUCGAAAUCGAUGAUCUGAAACAACAGUUGAAAAAGAUGCAAGCCAGCUCUGAAAGUAAACGCGAAGAACGGAAACGUCUAGCCGAUGACGAGGCUGUUCGUAAAAUUCGUUCACUUGAAGAAGUGGUUCACCAGUUGCAAAAGCAAGUGGCGGCCCAGAAACAGGAAGAAGAAGCUCUUUUGAAUGAAAUGGAAGUAACUGGGCAGGCAUUUGAGGACAUGCAGGAACAAAACUCUCGACUUAUUCAACAGUUGCGCGAAAAAGAUGACGCCAACUUUAAACUGAUGUCGGAGCGCAUUAAAGCCCAACAAGUUCACAAAUUGCAAAGAGAAGAGAAAGACAUGCUCGUUGAACAGGUUUCGACGUUGAAUAUGCAAGUGGAGGCUCAAAACCAAGUCGUUCGACGGCUAGAAGAAAAAGAACGUCUGCUCCAGAGUAGCAUUUCCUGUGCCGAAAAAGAGCUGAUGCUUAGACAACAGGCCAUGGAGAUGCACAAACGUAAGGCUAUCGAGAGUGCCCAAUCAGCCGCUGAUCUUAAACUUCAUUUAGAAAAAUAUCACUCCCAGAUGAAGGAGGCCCAACAAGUAGUGGCUGAAAAGACGGGCACACUUGAGGCGGAGGCUUACAAGACGCGCCGGUUGCAUGAAGAGCUAGCGCAAUUGAAGCGCCGCGUUGAGCGACUCAAGAAGAUUGAAGCGGCCGGAACCGCGGACGAAGUUCUUCGUGAAGAACUACGCGAAUACAAGGAUACACUUACGUGUCCUUCGUGUAAGGUGACGCGUAAAGACGCCGUCCUAACCAAAUGUUUCCAUGUUUUUUGCUUCGACUGUCUCCGCACACGGUACGAAACGAGGCAAAGGAAAUGUCCCAAAUGCAAUGCAGCUUUUGGAGCAAAUGACUAUCACAGACUUUAUUUGUCGUGAUAAAACCAGAGGAUUUAAAAUGCACCGUUCCACUUUUGUCAUGUCCAAUUUUGUUUCUUUGCUAGAAAAUAAAAAUACAUUGACGUUUCAUUCUAGAA